AUGCUGCAACUUGUGAACCUCACAAUGCUUGAUCUCUCCUAUAACCAAUUGAGUGGUGUGCUCCCUCACCAUUUUGGCAAGUUCUCUAAGUUGAAACUCAUGGUUCUUGAUUUCAUCAAUCUAGAAGGUUUUUUGCCCCCGUCUCUCACAAAUUGCACAAACCUUGUAGAAUUACGCCUUGCAGACAACUUCUUUGCAGGAGAAAUCACCAGGAUUAACUUCUCUUAUUUUAGUCAGCUUAGUAAACUUGACCUACGGAAAAAUAACUUCACUGGUAUCUUUCCAAUAAGCCUGUACUCAUGCAAGUCCUUGAAAGCAAUUCGACUGAGCUGUAACAAUCUAGAGGGAGAAAUACAGCCUGAGAUUCUAUCGUUGAAAUCCUUGUCCUUCCUGUCUCUUGGUGAUAAUACAUUGACCAAUGUUACAGGAGCAAUGAAGAUAUUGAUGCGUUUCACAACUAUAUAUGUAGGCAAUAAUAAUACCAUUAAUGGGAACAUACCUACAGAGAUCAGCCAAUUGCAGCUUCUCCAUACAUUGAGUCUUAGCAACAACUUCUCCAGAAACAUUCCAGAGCAAAUGGCCAACCUAAAAAACUUGGAGAUAUUGGAUCUCUCCAUGAAUCAUUUGUCUGGAAAAAUCCAUCUGUCAUUGGCGAGUCUCAACUUCUUGUCAUCUUUUAAUGUCUCAUACAAUAAUCUUGAAGGACAAAUACCAACCAGUACUCAGCUCCAAAGCUUCAAUGCCUCUGCAUUUGAGGGGAAUCCCAAACUUUGUGGUGCACCACUUUCAAAUGAAUGCCUACCAAAUCCAAAGAAGGGCAAUGAAGAAUACAACAACAAAAACAACAACCAUGAUCAUCUGGACAUUAAUGGGCAACAAAUUCCAUGGCUUUCGGUUGUUUUUGGGUUCAUUGUAGGAUUUUUGGGAGUUUGUGGUCCUAUAUGCAUAUUUCCAAUUUCUAGAAAAUUAAUGUAUACAGUAGGCUCCGUAUGA